CACAAUUCCCGAAUGCCCAUCAAGGAGGCGACAACGUCAGCAAACAGAAACAACACCUUUACAACCUGGAACCGAAACGUAUGUGCCGUGCUACACUUCUUCGAGCUUCACGGUGCCGGUCAUGCUGGUGACGCAAUCCGAGGACCUACUCCAGCGCUCGCUACUGGUUUCUCCCACUAUAUUCACCGCAGGGCGUGACCGACGAUACGAAGACUCGAGGAGUCGCUCCUUCGCCCCGACACCGACCGGCCGUCCUACCGUACCCCUCCACGACUCUGGCUGAUGCUGUCCCGAUCCAGUGCCUUAUCCAAUCUCCAUGCUCAACUACUCCACCGAUGAUCUCCUAUUACCGACUAUUCAUAUACUGUCCUCUGUCUACAUUGAUGCCUUAACGAUAAACUACUUAGUAC